AGUUGUUGGUAGUAAAGUGCCACGUCUUCGAAGAAGGGGGGAGUCCUGAACUUGCCAGAGGUCCUUGGCCCUAAUCCUUCAGCUGUAUUUUAACUCCAUGAAGUCAGGGGCCCUUUCUCUGUUUUCGUAGGGACUUCUUUCCAGCUCCAACAUGAGGUUUUUCUUGAGGAAUGCGGUCUUGACACUGUUGGUCACCUCUUUGAGUGGGGCUCUGAUCCCUGAGCCAGAAGUGAAAAUUGAAAUUCUCCAGAAGCCGUUCAUCUGCCAUCGCAAAACGAAAGGAGGGGAUUUGAUGUUGGUCCACUAUGAGGGCUACUUAGAAAAGGACGGCUCCUUAUUUCACUCCACUCAUAAACAUAACAAUGGUCAACCCAUUUGGUUUACCUUGGGCAUCCUGGAGGCUCUCAAAGGCUGGGACCAGGGCUUAAAGGGAAUGUGUGUAGGAGAGAAGAGAAAGCUCAUCAUUCCUCCUGCCCUAGGAUAUGGAAAAGAAGGAAAAGGUAAAAUUCCCCCAGAGAGUACAUUGAUAUUCAACAUCGAUCUCUUAGAAAUUCGAAAUGGACCAAGAUCACAUGAAUCAUUCCAAGAAAUGGAUCUCAAUGAUGACUGGAAACUCUCUAAACAUGAGUGCUUGGAAUUCAGUGUCUUGUUCUCACCUUGAGUCUUCGAAAGUUGCUAACACAGUUCCAAUCUGGAGUUACUGCAUAGGAAACAGAUGUUUUGAAAAGUAUCUCAUGUGGACCGUUUCUGUUUAAAACUGCAGACUGACUGUUAAAUGCAUUUUGUAGUAAUUUCCUUGAGAUUAGCAGCAAGCAAUUUGUAUGUCUAGUUUUGUUCAGCUUUGCACCUGGAAAAAGGAGCUGGGUUUUCCCAAGCAUAGGACUGUCCUCAGCUACCCCAAGUCCCUGUAUUUGAGUGGGAGGAAGGGGAUUCCCUCUGUACCUCUGUUUUUGCAGUCAUCACUGCACAUACCUGUCUUAACCUGGAUGCCACAGAAGAAGUAGAGGUAGAUAUUUGUCCCUGAGUUAUUUUUUGUUGUUAUUUUCUACCUACUUACACCCUCCAUGCUGGCCCAGCUGGUCAGAUAUCAAGUCUUUUUUUAUACUUUGGUCAAUUUUAUUCUAAUGGCCAGGAAAUGAUUAAGUCUCAAAUAAGUCAAAUUUUUAUGAACCCUGGAGUCAUGAUUGGCAGUCACUAAAUUUAUCACACACUUAGUGCUAUCAUUCAUAUGCCCUUUUUUUCCUAUCCAAGAUAAAUUAUAAUCCUUUUCAUUAAAAUUUUUGAAUAUAUGACACAUUCACAUGGUUAAAAAAUAAACCCAAUGUAAAAUAUUUAAUCAGAGAUCUCUCCCUACCCCUGUCUUCCUCUUCCCUGUGAUUCCCCACAGCAUCUAAUUUCAUUGGUUUCUAGUGCAUCCUUCCAGUGUUCUUUUAUGCAAAUGCAUAUUCUUAUUUUCCUCUUUUUAACAUCAGAGGUAGCACAUUAUACAUACUGUUUAACAAUUUGUUUUAUUCAUAUAAUAUACCCUGGAGAUAGAGUCUACAUUAAUCCAUCAAGUUUCAUCAUCCUUUUUCCUUUUUUGUAAACCGUUUUAAGCCACUUAAACAUGCAACAUAUGUUUGCAUAUUGGGGGUCAGCGAGAAGGAGUUGAAACUGAUGGUCUACAUAGGCAGAGUAUGUAUUAUUAAAAAUAAUACAGGUUGGGGGCUGGGGAUAUAGCUCAGUCGGUAGAGUGCCUGCCUUGCAAGCACAAGGCCCUGGGUUCGAUCCCCAGCACCACAAAAAAAAAAAAAAAUAAUAAUAAUAAUAAUAAUACAGGUUGAAUUGCAUUAUGGUGAAUCUAGUGAGGCAUG